UGAUGAGCAACAAUAGUAAAUAAGAACAGGCUACAUAUAUCUAACCUUCAAUUGAUCAUAAACCUUAUAGUGAAACUACUCAAUGUAUUGAAUAUAUAGAUUAAUAGAUAUCACUGAUAAUGUUAAACAAAAAUAUGAAGAAUUCAAUAAGAAAUUUUAAGAACCUUAGGUCUAAGAGAAAUGGGGAUUAGCAAAAAAUAUAGUAUUUGAAAGAACUAAAGAAUUUGGAGUAAUAAAUUAAAAAUAUUUAUAAUAGUAUAUUACUCUUGAUUAUUUUGUAAAGACUUUUGAAAUCACUAAAACCACAUUCACAGAUCUUCAUGGACUCUACCAUAAAUGAUA